GGAGGAGGAGCAGCAGCAGCAGCAACAGCAGCAGCAGCAGCAGCAGUAGCAGCAGUAGCAGCAGCAGAGCGGAGCCGAGCCUGAGGAUGGAGCAGCCGGCGGCGGCCCGGCGCUGAGGCGCGGCACAAGCAUGGGCACCCGGCAGACCAAGGGCAGCCUGGACGAGAGCUCCGGCGCGCCCUCCAACGCCGCCCCGGCCCAGACCUCGGCCCCGGGCACGGCCACGGCCAUCCCCCGCCGCCGAAGCUCGGUCCGCGAGCGAAGCGAGUUGUGGGCGGCGCUGCUGCUGCGCUCCGGGUCCAAGGCGGGCCGCUCUGUGUCCGGGUCUACCGGGUCUGGGGUGGGCCUGGCCCCCUACCACCGCCGGGUGACCAUGAUCCAGGAACUGCUGGCGCUGGUGCGCCAGGGCCGCCAGGAAGAGGCCGGCGAGGUGCUCCGUCGUCUGCGCCAGGACUUGGGCAUGGAGUCGACGUCCCUGGACGAUGUCCUGUACCGCUACGCCACCUUUCGGAACCUGGUGGACCCCAUCACGCACGACCUCAUCAUCAGCCUGGCCCGCUACGUGCAUUGCCCCAAGACAGAGGGCGAUGCCCUGACCACCAUGGAGAAGCUCUGUCGGCAGCUGACCUAUCAUCUGAGCCCUCACUCCCAGUGGAAGCGCCACAGCAUGGCGAAGAGGAAAUCAUCCCAGGCGUCCCUGAAAUCGGUCCUGAUGACCCCCCCGCCGGACAACACGGUGGACCUGUCGGGCAUCCCGCUGACCUCCCGGGACCUGGAGCGGCUGAUGGCCUACCUGGAGCGCUGCGGGAACCAGGUGGAAAGCCUGGAACUGGGCUUCACGGAGCUCACCGACGAGAUGGUCCUCCACCUGCUGCCCAUCUUCAGCACCAUGCCCAACCUCACCACCCUCGCCCUCAACGGCAACCGCCUGACCAAGGCCGUGCUCCGGGACUUCACGGACGCCCUCAAAGACCCCAACAAGUUCCCACGCGUCACAUGGAUUGACUUGGGCAAUAACGUGGACAUUUUCUCUCUGCCCCAACCCUUCCUCCUCGCCCUGCGGAAGCGCUCCCCCAAACAGGGCCACCUGCCCACCAUCCUGGAGCUGGGCGAGGGGACCGUCCUGGAGGAGGCCGAGGAGAAUCUGCCCGGCGUGGCGGAUGCCAAGGAGAAGUAUUCGGCCUCCGUGGCCCCCAGCAACCCCCUCAGAGAGAAGGAGUCUGCCUCCCCCCUAGUCCGGCAGACAUGACACGGAGGGAGAGGGUAGGGGUUACCUGUGUGGAAAACUUUGUACAGAGGGAGGUCACCCGGGCACCUUCUGACCAACGACUCGCCGGGAAGCUUCCCCUCUGGGCAGCAAUCAGCCUUACCCAGGUCUCAUUGUAGGGGGGUGGGGGUAGGCAGAGCCCUGGCAGGGGCUGCCUCUCGGGAUCUCUCCUAUUGCCGCGCGUCCCAGCCUUGCCCCUUCGCACAGCGGGCUGCUCGCUGUGGCUCCCCAGAUUGGGGGUCCAGCCCAGCGGAGAGCGUCCCCUCUCUAGCCAACAGGGAGAGAGGAGUCUGGGGCUUCUGCCUCUAUCCGCCUCCCAGGCUCUCAUCUUGCCAUCCCUCUCUCCCAUGUUGUGUGUCCCGUGAUGUGUCAGCACUGGCUCUGGACGCUGCUCGGUCUCUUCCUGGGGCCCCAGCCCUGCCCCCCGCCUCUCCACUCACACAGUGAUGGGGAGCCCCAGCCUCUGCUCAUGAAGUGAUGGGGAGCCCCUACCUCUCCACUCACACAGUAAUAGGGGAGCCCCUGUCUCUCUGCUCACACAGUGAUAGGGGAGCUCCUGCCUCUCUGCUCAUACAAUGAUGGGGAGCCCCCUGCCCCUCUACUCACACAGUGAUGGGGAGCCCUCAUGUCUCUGUUCACACAGUGAGGGGGGAGAGCCGUCAGAGCUUUUCUAGCCGGACCUUCCUUUACAGCAAGAGAACUGGAGGCCCAGAGUGGGGUUCUUGGGACCCAAGCUCAGAACGGAGUGGCAGAGAAGGACCUAGUGAUCGCAAAGAGAUUGGGGUCUUGCUAACGAGAAAUCCACUUUUCCCCCAGAGAACGCCCUGGAAUGUGGGAUGGGGGCUCCCGUGGGGACCAACCCUUCAGACAAAAACAGGAGGUGGGUGCUGAGCACCCCAUGAAGGACCGGAAGAGGCACCCUCCCGGGCCAUGGCCUUGGGAGGCUGAGGUUUAGGAGGGAAGGGGGGGGGCCAGCUAGGGAUCUCUCACUCGUCCUAGGGACCAAACCCCAAGCCUGAAUUCACUGAAGUCCUUUGAUUCAGAAUGCCCCUCCCUGCUCUGGAACCUCAUCUGACCACUCUAGAACCACUGCCCUUGUCAGGCCAGAGGCCCACUCUCGGCCCCCCGGUGGUCGGGGGCGGGGAGCCCAGGCCACACUUGGUGGAGUGGGGGUGAGCCCCCCUUGCCGUCUCAGUGUCUUUCUCCCCAGCGCAGGCUCAGCCCGGUGCGGGGACGCUUGCUGACUUGGAUUUUUUUAAGGUUGUCUUUUGUACAGUUUCCCAGGAUCUGCGGAGCUCAAGAUCAGACUCGGUAGCUGUCCGUGGCUCGCCCCUCUCCCUCCCGGGCCCCCUGAGCCUGUCUGGGAUCUGUCUGUGUCCCUGUCACUCUGCCUCCCACCCUGGUCGGGUCGGGCCUGAGCAGACCUCCAAGCCACCCCAGGCUGGCUGCGUGUCCCGCCCUCGUUGGAAAUAAAGGCGCCAGCCAGAGUCUAGACCCA